AUGAUGACAAACGAUACAAGUGAAGACGCCACCGGGGGAGAAAACGAGAACGGCCAUGAGAAUGUAAAAAGUACAAGUGAUGAAGAGGACAUAAAAUAUAAAACACCAGACACGCACACAAAUUUUUGGAAGUCUUUCGGGCUUGGUACCAAGGCAGGGAAGCUCCUUUAUAACUUGUAUGGGGAGAAGAGCAAAAUAACCCCCGCCCUGAUCAGGACGAAGAGGGCUACUAAGGAUGAUGCGCAGAUGAGUGAACCUGUUGAAGUGGAAAGGAGGACUCGUCCUCAAGUCAGCUACUCGGAGUUCAAAAAGCCCGCCCCGAAGGAACACCCCAUAGACGCAAUACCGCACAGGAAGCCGCUGGCGAAAAUUUUGGAGGACACAAAAAACUACGAGUGCAUAAAACAGCUUCCUGCACGAAUUGAACAGAAUCGAAAUUUGGAAAAAAAAAAACUCAGCGAGCUUUUCUUUGGUUACAAAUGUAAAGUCCUUCCCCCCAGUUGCUCUCUAGCUGUCUUAACAGACGAGGAGAGAAGGGAGGCAAUACAGAGUGCAGAGAAAACUUUUUCUGAAAUGAGGAAUUCCAGUUGCAGGGAAGAAAACAUUAAGGAAGGCAUGAAGAUGUAUCAAGCCGAGCUGAUGACGGAACUGAAAGAAAAGGUCGAUCAGUAUAAUCAGCUGGUCGCCCUUGGAGUGCAACACAAGGAAGGGGCCGCUCCGACCGAGAAAGAGUGUAACGAAUAUAAUUAUAAAAAAAUUCAGCUGUGCAACGAAAUUGAGGAUUGCAAGAGGAACAUUCAGAAAACGAACGCUGUGUUGGACGGGUCCAAGUGA